AUGGUUCUGACGGAGUUGCUGAGGCUACAGGAAUCCAAAUCACCAGGUCCCGAUGAGAUUCCGGCGAAUAUUUUGAAGCAACUCGCCGAUGCUUUGUCUAAGCCACUCUCUGUGCUUUUCCAUACAUCCUUCGAGACCGGAUAUCUGCCAGCCAACUGGAAGUCAGCGUGGAUUACGCCGCUUUACAUGGGCGGAAGUCGGGUCUCUGCGAACAAGUACAGAUCUGUCAUCCAUACCUCCAUUUGCUGUAAGAUUAUGGAGAAGAUAAUUAAGCAACAAUUAAUGCAGUUCCUUGAGCUAAACCAUUUGCUUUCCGAUUUCCAGCAUGGAUUCCACAAAAACAGAUCCUGUGUGACAAACCUGCUCUACUGUCUGGAACACUGGACUAGGGCUGUUGAUAGAGGAGAUAUGGUGCAUGUCAUCUAUAUCGACUUUAAACUGGCCUUCGAUAGUGUGCCUCAACACCGCCUUCUAUGCAAACUGAGCCGUUCAGGAGUGCGAGGUAAGCUUCUGAUGUGGAUCCGGAGCUUUUUAAUCGGCCGCUCUCAAGCCGUCCAUGUCAGUGACCAGCAAUCUGCCGAGAUUGCCUUUAGGAGUGGUGUUCCCCAAGGCUCUGUUCUGGGCCCUACAUGGUUCCUCGUAUACGUCAAUGACUGCGCAAACGAACUGAAUUGCGAUGUCGCAUUGUUUGCCGAUGACAUAAAUAUUUGGAGUACCAUACAAAGCGAAGUUGACGAGGCGCGACUGCAGACAAACCUGGACCACCUCGAGCAAUGGUCGAAAGACUGGCUUUUACCGUUCAACGUAAACAAGUGCAAUUUCCUACGGGUCGGCAGAACCAGUUUUCCUAACCACACGGUCUUCCGUCUGACUGACAAAGCACUGACACAAGGAGUCGACGCCCAGAAGGACUUGGGUGCAUGGAUCAAAACCUCGCUGAAGCCUUCGCUGCAAUGUUCAAAGGUGGCCAAGUCGGCGAUGUCCAUUCUAUACCUCGUCAAAUGGGCGUUCUCCUACUUUGAUGAAGACUGCUUCGCCAAGGUCUUUCAAACCUUCGUGCGACCGCAUCUGGAGUUUGCUAUCCAAGCAUGGAGACCCUGGACCGCUAAAGUCUUUGGCAUACUUGAAAAAGUUCAACGGCGAGCAACGAAACUUGUAUCUGGGCAGUGGUCACUACCCUACGAAACACGAUUAGCUAAUCCUGCCCUCUUUCCUUUGAGUUACAGACAGCUACGUGGGGACCUGAUACAAGCAUUCCGCAUCAUGCGCAAUCAGGGCUGCUGCCUCGCAUCAGGAGACUUCUUCGAGUUGCCGACUACGACAAACCUGAGAGGCCAUCCAAUCAAACUGCGUGUGACUGGUGCCCAGCUAGACACACGAAAGUUCUUCUACUCCAACAGAGUGGCUGCAGCUUGGAAUGCCUUGCCUGAGGAUGUUCUAAUGUCGGCAUACGUCGAUACUUUUAAACGGAGGCAAGAUCACCAUUGGAGCGCGAAGCACAAUAACGGCGGUCUACAGCCACCUUGA